AUGGCCUUUGAUAAAGAAGAAGCCUCUUGGUCACUUUCAUCUCCACUGCUUUCCCCCGACUCUGAAUCACAGCAUCACUCCGGACUAGCAGGAGGAAGGAGGGAAAUCCUGCUUUGCAUCCUGACAACUUUUGCGGCGGAGGCCUGGGGAGAUGGAUGGCGGAGACAUGCAGGCGUUAAUUCCCCACGCACAUUCCAGCAUGGUGUCUGUUGGGGAAGGAGGCUCUACACUAGGCUCUGGCAUUUGAUUCCUCCUCCUUCUGCUUUCUUGGGAGACGAGAUCUCAGAGAAGAUGCCUUUGGUGCUGUGGGCUCUUUGCCUUGGUGUCCUGGAUACGGUCCUUUGCAGUUACUCGGAAGACCAGUGCAGCUGGAGGGGGAGUGGCCUGUCCCAGGAAUCAGGCAGCGUGGAGCAGAUCUCUCUACACUGUGCUGAGGGCUCACUGGAGUGGCUGUAUCCAGCUGGGGCUUUACGCCUCAGCCUCUCCCCCCGCCUCCCCACGAGCACUGCAGCCAAAUGGAAGAGCCCCAGACAGGUCACCACCUGUAUCAAGCCCUCCAGCACUUUCCGAGGAGCUCAGAUCUAUCUGGAGAGGAAUGGGAUCCUGGAGCUGCUGCUGUCUGAGGCAGAUGCAUCCCUCCGCCCCAGGGUGCAUUGCUUCAGCUGGCUGCCCCAGGAGAAAGUAGCACUGUUCCUUCAGUCUACCCUGCACCAGGACAUCAGCCGUCGGAUCGCUUCCUUCCGCUAUGAGCUGCGGGGAGACUGGAACUCACGCCUCUCACUGCCCUCCAGCAACUUCAGCAUGGAAGGGGCAUGCCGGCCGUGUAAUGACACUGAGAUCUUGAUGGCCAUUUGCACUAGUGACUUUGUCAUUCGUGGCAACAUCCGGACUGUCUCCAACGAUGUUGAGAUGCAGGAAUCCAUCAUCAGCGUGAGCGCCAUGCGCAUUCACCGGCAGAAAUUCACUUUGUUCCAGCCUGUCAGCAAAUCCAGCAAAUCCAUGGGCAGCAUCCACACCCUGCUGCAGUGUGGAGUGAAACCGGGACCUGGCAGCUUCCUCUUCACGGGGUGGUUGCACUUUGGAGAGGCCUGGCUCAGCUGUGCUCCCCGGUACAAAGACUUCCGGCGUAUCUACGAGGAUGCACACCAGGCUCAUGAGAACCCCUGCGAAGUCUCGCUGGACUGAGCGAUGAGGGCAGGGGCAUUCAGCCUGACCCUUGGGAAUGGGGAUCACCAGCUGCAACAACGAUGUCACCAAGGGCUCACAUCCACCAGCCUGGGGCUAGCAAGAGUUCUCCCCAUCCCAUACACACCUGCAGUGGUCCCCAUUCCUGCUUCACUUGCUCUGUGCUGAAGAAAGUUGUAAGGCACCUUCUGUGCUAACAGGAACCUGGCCCCGUCGGAGGAGAUCCCCAGACUGCUGAUUAGGAUCGGGCACACACUGAGUCACAUAAAGGGAAUUAGACCCUCCCCGUGUGGGGAACAGUAACACACACAGGACUGACUAAUGGAGAGCAGGACUUCUACUCAACCCUCCCUUCAAGCAGCUUGAGGGGACAAAAAUGCCAGUGAAAUGACACAGUCUCUC